UUCUUCUGUUGUAGUAUGGGGCUGAGUUCUAAAGAAGUUUCCAGUGGUGGUGUAGGAUGGAGUCAAUCUUUGUUGCAGGCUCAAACUCUGGAGUUGCCUAAAGCAAUGAAGAGACAACAUCCACAGCACCAGCAGCAAUCUGAGCCACUCAAGUGCCCCAGAUGUGAUUCUACCAACACAAAGUUCUGUUAUUACAACAACUACAACAAGUCUCAGCCUAGGUAUUUCUGCAAGGCUUGUAAACGACACUGGACUAAAGGUGGCACCCUCCGCAAUGUUCCUGUCGGUGGUGGCCGCAAAAACAAGCGGCUUAAGACAUCGAAUAGCAACGUAGCUUUCGCUGCCGCCACUGCUUGCACUAGCACAGCUAAAAUUGCCAUCAAAAGCUCGAGAGCUUCUCGAGUUAACAAUAGGCUCAAUAACUUCAUGGGCGCUAUUCAAAGAUCACAGCAACAAAGGCAGGAUCUUCAGCUUCCACUUGCUGAUCGAAACAACACAUCGAGUACGCAAUUUCAGGUGAUGGGCCGUUCAGUUCCACCAUCUUCAUCGUUGCCGCAGAAUCCCAUCAAUUGCAGCAACUUGGACAGCACAAGUUUCAAUGGUGUGUUUCUGGGCUCAACUUCAACAGGCCCAUCUUUGCCUCAAACUCGAGGCUUACAGUUUCCAUUUUCAAGUUUAAACCCAUGUUCUUUUGAGACAACCCCAUCUUCAAUAUCGAUCUCAUUUCAAUCUUCAAGUAUCUAUAACUACACAGGUGAAACAAUGGAGGAUCCAACCAUCACCAUGCCAACCCCAAGUGCCACUGUUUCACUCACAUGGGAAGUACCUAUCACAAGCAGCGACAUGGACAUAGCAAACUACUGGAAUUUGGAUGAUAUCGAUGCACUUGUCUCUACUGAUCUCAACAUGCCAUGGGAUGAUUAUGAGAUCAAACCAUGAACAAGGUCUUUUAACCAUAUAUCCAUUCUCUACAGCUUUUUUUUUU